ACUUACCAAAUUUUGCAGGUUAUAAAUAUCACGCGCGCAGAUUUUCAAACAACGAUUCUAAUAGCAUUUUUCUAUCAUGACUGAAAUAACUGAUAUGGACACGGACACUUAUUUUUCCAGUUAUGGUGAUCUASAGAUUGUGUACUUUUCAGGUUCACAAAUUAAUGAUACAGGACUCAGCUAGGACAGARACCUACAAAAAUGCUAUCCUAUCCAGUCGCUCGGUGUUCGAGGGUAAAAUCGUGUUGGAUGUGGGAGCAGGCACCGGAAUACUAUCCAUAUUCUGUGCACAGGCUGGAGCCUCUAAGGUGUUUGCGGUCGAAGCCAGCAAGACAGCUGAGAUAGCCAGACAGCUAGUCGCCGAGAACCAUUUUUCAGAUACUAUCGAAGUGGUCUACAGCAAAGUGGAGGACGUCACACUACCCUGUAAGGUGGACAUUAUUGUUUCUGAAUGGAUGGGAUUUUACAUGUUGCACGAGAGCAUGUUGGACAGCGUUAUCGUGGCGCGAGACAAGUUUUUAAAACCAGACGGCCUGAUGUUUCCAUCUCAUUGUACGCUCUAUGCWUCUCCGUGUGCAUUACCAGAUCUCUAUUCGGAGUGGGAUAAUGUCUGUGGGAUUAAAAUGAGAUCAUUCGCAAAAGCCUUGCGGAGAUUAUACUUAAAUAAACCAAAAAUCAUGAACAUACAAGUUGAGAAUAUGCUCGCUCAUGAUGUCAAUCCCAUUGUAAAAUUUAAUCUUAAGGACUGUCAACCACAWCAGCUUGAUAAAAUCACUGCCCAACGGUAUAUAACUAUUGUUGAAAAGAGUGGAAUUUAUCAAGGAGUUUGUUUUUGGUUUGAUGUACAGUUCCCAAUUACUGAUACCACUCUGAGCACUUCACCUUCGUCGCCGAUAACACAUUGGAAACAGACCACCAUAGUAUUGCCAACACAAAUGGAAGUAGAAGAAGGUGACGCUGUAAUGUUCAAUGUAGAAUUCCAACGCAACAGUCCCAAUUCAAGACAUUACAGUAUUAAUCUUGAAAUGCUAGACUCUCAAAAUGAGACACAUCCAAACCCAUGUGAUUGCAAUCAUACAAAAUGUAAAAUUAUUAAAACAUUUUUAUCCGCUACAAAAAAUAUUUCAGAUGAUGAAGAUUCAAGUAUUGAUGACUAAAGUGGGGACAGAUCAUUAAUUACUUUCUUUAAUAUAUAUAAUUAUUUAAYAAUAUGAAAUGACAAUGGGCAAAUUACAACUGACUGUUAAUUUAAGAUAAAUUUUAUUUUUUACGUAAUUUACCUAAAGAUAAUGAUUUUAAUCUAAACUUUAAUAAAAAAAAUAACGGAUAUAAACUUUGUUAAUGUUUUUGUCUAAAUGCUGCCUAAAAAAAUUUAAACGAAUAACAAUAUUUUUUCUUAUUUUUAGUAUCCUAUCAUAGAUAAAUAUUUUUUUUGGCAAUUUUAUUGAAUGUUACUGAUACAUAACUAAAGAAUAAUUUUUGUGCUUGACUUAUUC